GUCGUCCCGCCCGUGGGUGAGUAUGGACUCCACGUCCCGAGGUGCAGCGCGGCGACCCCCCUGCGGAGAGCCAAUGGGGCUCGGCCGCGGUGCCCUCUGGGAGUUGUAGUUUUGUUGUGCUGAGGGGGGCUCUCGGCGGCCAUUAGCUGUGUGCGCGCUGGGCUGGCUGAGAGCGGCUGGGUCGGAGCCUUCGCCUCCCCUUUCCACCCGGGGGUGGAGCUGCCAUGGCGGCCCGCGCGGCUUAGCCCCGCUCCCCUCCCCCCCCCCAGCUCCGGGAACGGCGGAAGCGGGCGCGGCCUAGUCGCGCGGGCGGAUCCCCGGGCUCGCGUAGCGGCCGCUGCCGCCCAGGGCUGCCCCUCGGCCGGCCGCGGGGCGGGGGCCAUGUCCCUGGUGGCCUAUGGCAGCAGUGAGGAGGAGAGCGAUGCGGAGGAGGCCUCCGGCGAGGAAGAGGAGGCCCCCCCCGUCCAGCCCCCCCCGGGCAGGGGGCUCUUCUCUGCCCUGCCCCCUCCCAAGCUCCCCCUGCUGCCCCCCCACCAGCUUCUGGGUUCCGGCUUCCCCCUGCUGCCCCCGCCCCACGGGGGGCCGCCCCCUCCCUUCAUGCUGGGGCCCCCUCCCUCAGUCCGGGGCUUCAGCACCCCCCCUCCAGGGAUGAGCCCGGCCCAGGCCUCUGCUCUGGGGCUGGGCCUGCCUGAGCCAGCAGGCUUGGGGAGCCUGGCGGGGGAGCAGCCCAGGCUUGGGGGGCUCCCCCUGCCCCCGCCCAGGGACCCCGCUGGACUGAAUCUCCCCCCUCCUGCCAUGGCCUGCGCUGCUCCCCCCGGGGCCGGCUCCGGCCUCCCCAAGCCGAAGAAGAGGAUUGCGGCGCCCGAGCUGCACAAGGGGGAUUCAGAUUCAGAGGAAGAUGAACCAGCAAAGAAGAAAAACUCUCUUCAGGGACUCAGUGAGGGCUCUGGCUUGUCUGCUUUGCUUCCUCAACCCAAAAACUUGACGGUGAAAGAGACAAACCGGUUGCUUUUGCCCUAUGCUUUCUCGAGGAAAACAGCAGAAAAUGCCUCUGAGUCGAAACCAGCUAAGGCUCCAAUCUCCUCCUCCAAGCCAAAACCUCUGUCCAAGCCAGCAGUGGCCACGACUCCUUCGCCAUCUGCCAUCAAGGCAGCUGCCAAGAGUGCUGCCCUACAGGUGACCAAGCAGAUCACCCAGGAGGAGGAUGACAGUGACGAAGAGCUAGAGCCAGAGAACUUCUUUUCUUUGUCUGACAAAAGUGAGCCCAGCGUGGUCAGCGCGGAGACGUACGUGUAUUCCGGCACCGUGGUGACAGAGGAUCUGCCCCCUGGGACGGAGCCAGAGCCUGAAUUCCAGGAUGCUGCCGCUAAUGCCCCUCUGGAGUUCAAGACGGCUGCGGGUUCAAGCACCACUCAGCACAGCUGGGCCCCCAAACCCGGAGAAGACUAUGGCAACCAGCCAUUUAACCAGUUCCCUGGCUACAGCGAUGCCAGUGCCCCGGGGGCAUACUAUCAGGAUUACUACCCCAGUGGCUAUUACCCAGAGAUGGAUCCAGCCCUAGGACCAGCACAGGAGAUGAGCACCGAUUCGUCCUUCAUGGAUGAUGAAGCGUUCAAGCGUCUCCAAGGUAAACGGAACCGUGGGAGGGAAGAGAUCAACUUUGUGGAGAUCAAAGGGGAUGAUCAGCUGAGUGGAGCCCAGCAGUGGAUGACCAAAUCCUUAACAGAGGAGAAGACCAUGAAAUCUUUCAGCAAGAAAAAAGGAGAGCAGCCCACAGGACAGCAGAGAAGAAAACACCAGAUCACGUACCUGAUCCACCAGGCGAAGGAGCGAGAGUUGGAACUGAAAAACACAUGGUCCGAAAACAAACUCAGCCGGCGUCAGACCCAAGCCAAAUAUGGAUUUUAGCACCUCUCCUGUUCUGUGGGCAUUAGCCCAGAUGACCUACCAUGUCAGACUCCUCCUGGCCUACCAGGAAUUGAGGAGGCCCCUGGAUCUAACUGUGUGGGUGGGAGGAUACAGCACUCCCCUGUCUGUGAAGAGAAGGGUUAAAUACUAACCAUUUCUGAAACCCACGCUGUAAUUUUUUUAAUGAUAAUGUAGAAGGCUCAAAUCAAGUCUGGUUCGUGCAGCUGGGGACUCUAGCACCGGACAGCCACAGGCUUGUCCAAAGAGGACAUGACUGGCGCAAAGUUUUGAGCUCUCAUCCUGUAGGUGUACAGACUACCAAUUUUUUUCUUUAGUCACCAGAACCUUAGGUAGAGUCUCAAUAAAUUUCCAAGUCCAACACUGCUCCUUUCUUUGGA